AAAUGACAACCAAAGUGUUCUGGCUCCUCUGCUUUGUCAUUAGAUCAACUUCCAGCUCAGUGGCCGGAUCCCUGCCCUAUGCCGAGAAACCCGGUCAGGCUCUCAGCAAAGCAGCUUAUGGUUCAGCAGACGCUGCACCUGGCCAAGUCAAACUGCCAGCCUGGGGCACCAGCAGCGCCAGAGAGAAUCACACGGAACACUGGCUUCUGUCUCUUGCCGACCCGCAGCGGCCAAGACCUUCUGAAAUCAUCUCCCUCUCAUCAGACAAAAAGAAACGCACCAAGCCUUCUCUAGAAAACAGCACAGGGCUGAGGAAACACCUCUUGCAGUAUGGAGGGGCCCUACCUCUGGAGAGCCCGACUGAGGGGCCUUCUCCUGCCUCCUUUGACUUCAAUCAUGCAAACAGAAAGCACGCGGAUAGACGGCUGGCUGAGGCUGCCAACAGCAUGUCAGCUCUCUUCCAUCACGCAGCAUCUUCCUAUCAAAAGAUGACGUCCUUAGUGGAGGCUCAUCCUUUUCCAGACUCCGGAGCAGUAGAGUCAGAUGAUCGUAACGCGCUGGAUCACUUCAACCGACCAGGCAAGAUAAUCCCCUAUAAACGUACUGAUCCCUUGAAAAAGAUCACCAAACCCUCCUGGGUCACCAACCGCCAGACAUCCAGCUUGCCAUACGACUUCAGCGUGCCGAAGAAAGAUGGCGCAUGUCUGACCGAGUGCAGGAAAGAGAGAGACGAAGUGGAGGCCUACUGCGCGAGUGAAUUCGCAGUGAACGGAAUUGUUUAUAACGUGGAAAGACUGGGGAACGGCGUCCACUUGAUUACGCUUUUGGUAAACGGCGAUGGAUUGUACAAGAUGAGUCGCUUGUAUAUUACUCCUGAUGGCUUCUUCUUUCGAGUUCACAUUCUAGUUGUGGAUACUUUAAACUGCAGUAAACCGUGUCCAGACUUUAAACUUGGCAGUAGAUACAUUGUGAUGGGUCGGAUCUACCACAAGAGACGGCAGAUCCCUGCAAACCUGCUGCAGUUCCUGCGAGGGCGCCUGAGGCCAGGGGAUGGCUUGCUUAGAAGCAGCAGCAGCUACGUGAAGAGGUUCAACAGGAAGAGGAAUCGCAAAGUGCAGGUGGCUCACUCUAAAUGUAGAUAAGGCUCCAGUAACCUCCGUUUAGGACACGGGCAGCAGCAGAAUUCACCUACCAGAAUAAACCUGGCCAUGGUUUAGCAACAGUGGGAGGUAGUUCUCCUUUACCUCUGAAACUGGUUGUGAUAGGACACUUGCUUUGGUGCUUUAGCAAACACUAACUGAAUGUUUUGCCUAGGUACCUAUAUAUUGUGAAGCUCAGCACAGAAGUCAGUCUAGGGGACGGUAACUGGUCAGGAAUUUGCUCCAGCUGUUUUCAGAGCCACAGGUUAUUAUCGCCUCCCCUGCUGUAAUGUACCCAUAAUAAUCUGUAGUAAUUGUAAAGUAAAACUCUGGAGGCAUUGUUCUAGGCACGCAAGAAGUAACUGCACUUUCAAACCCUUAACCCUGAACAAACGUUAGAUGAUACCGUAGCUUUAUCUAUAGAGGAUGUCCAUUGUGUUUCACACAGUUCUGCCUGAAGUAUCACGUGCAUUUGAUUCAAAAGAAACCGACAAAACUUAA